AUGAAGAUCAAGGCGCUCUCGAGGUCGCUCGACGCACACGCACCGGCGAGGGAGGGAGACCCGGCACCCACAUCGAGGAACCUCGACCCGGCCCUCCACCCCUUCGACAAGCCAAGAGAGUACACCCGCGCCCUCAACGCUGCCAAGCUCGACCGCCUCUUCGCCAAGCCGUUUGUCGCGUCGCUCGACGGCCAUAUCGACGGGAUCUAUGCGCUGGCAAAGGACUACAACAGGCUCAACGUGCUAGCGAGCGGGAGCGGCGAUGGAGAGAUCCGACUGUGGGAUCUGGCGCGGCAAAAGCCCAUCUACGUCUACCCAAAGGCGCACUCUGGCAUCAUCCAGUCGCUCUGCAUCUCGCCCCUCACGUUCGCCUCGCCCACAAACGCCUCGGCGCUGGGUCGGCGGAUGCUCUCAUGCUCGACGGACCGCACCGUGAAGCUGUGGGAUGCUGACCCGCGGCCAGACGGGAUCGGGCUCAGCGGCGAGCUUGGCGGGGCCGACGACGACGACGACAAUGACGACGACCUCGACAUGACGGCGUCCGGCAGCGCGCGCAGGGGCGGUCUGCUCAGCACGAGAGACAAGGAUGUGCCGGCGAGCGAGCCACUGACCGUCUACCACGGCCAGACGGCGUUCAACUCGCUCUCGCACCACGCCACGUCGCCCAUUUUUGCCUCGGCCUCGUCGUCAAUCCAGACGUGGGACCUCGAGCGCGGUGGCUCGUCGGACCCGCUGCGCUCCAUGACGUGGGGACCCGACGCCAUCAACGUGGUGCGCUUCAACCAGAGCGAAAAGGAGGUGCUGGCGAGCGCCGGCACGGACCGCAGCGUGGUCCUCUACGACCUGCGCAGCGGUAAGCCGCUCACCAGGAUGACGAUGGGGAUGCGCGCAAACGACCUCGCCUGGUCGCCCAUCGAGCCCACCGUCUUUGCCGUGGCGAGCGAGGACCACAACAUCUACACCUUCGACAUGCGCAACCUGCGCCAGGCGACGCAGAUCUACAAGGACCACGUGGCGGCCGUCAUGUCGGUCGACUUUUCGCCGACGGGCCAGGAGCUCGUGUCGGGCUCCUACGACCGCACGCUGCGCAUCUGGGACGUUGGGCGGGGCAACCACUCGCGCGACGUGUACCACACCAAGCGGAUGCAGCGCAUCUUUUCGACGUCGUUCAGCAUGGACGCCCGCUUCGUGCUGACGGGCUCCGACGACGGCAACGUGAGGAUCUGGAAGGCGCGGGCGAGCGAGAAGCUGGGCAUCCUCAGCACGCGCGAGCUGGCGAGCCGCGAGUACGCCGAGAGCCUGCGCCAGAAGUGGAAGGGCGUGGGAGACGUGGCCAAGAUCGAGCGGCAGCGGCACACGCCCAAGGCCAUCAAGCACGCCCAGAAGCUCAAGCGUACCAUGCUCGACGCCCGACGCGUCAAGGACGAGCACCGCCGCGGCCACUCCAAGAUGGGCGACAAGAAGCCAAAGGCGGCCAGAAAGGCGGCCGUCCUCGACGUCAAGGAGUAG